CUUCUUUGGAAGUUGUGUGUGUUGUGUAACCUGCCUGUGAUGCCUGGCAAUGAAACAGUUACACUGCUAAUCUGGAAUGUGAAUCUGAAACACUGUGUCAGUCAGGACGGCGGAAAACGAGCAAAACAUUUAAAGGAACGUUCAGGAUCGCCGAUUCUAAUGUCCCCCCUUCAACUAUUAACGAUUUGUGAUGAAAAGGUUAUUUUUUAAAUAUCUACAUUUUUAAAAUGUUCCAGUUUUGGAAGAAAUUGUUUUCAUUUUUUUGGACGAAAUCAGAAUCAGACCCCAAAGCCGACGCUGCAGUGGCACAGCAGGAGCUGGUAUCCACAAAUAGCCCUCUAUCAUUAUCCUUUUCAGGCAGCGGGUUCCUUUCCUUGUAUCAGAUUGGAGCAGUGAAAGCCCUGUUGGAACAGGCGCCAGAAAUCCUUAAGUCGGCACCUAAGGUUUAUGGAGCCUCGGCCGGAUCUCUGGUGGCCGCAGCUGUGGUGUUUAAGGUUAAUCUAGGUAAGGGAAAUAUUGGCAGAGUGGUGGGAGUUUGCAGUGAACUUUAGAGUAGCCUUUAUAGUCCAUGGAUGCAGCUACUAUGUAACUAGUAUUGAAGUAUCUGGUCUUGUAAUACUCCUGUACUUUAUCCUUUUACUGAGAUUUUAGAAUAGAUAUAAAUAUAUAAAGAGAGCUAUGUACACAUAAUUUUAUUGUCACAUUAUGACAUUAUUUUUAUAUUUUUUGGAUGACUUAAAGCGGCACUGUCAACCUCACGAAAAAUGAAUAUUUUGUAAAGAUAGAAUCACUGAAAUUCCUACAAAGUUAAGAGACAUAUUGUGACAAAGUAGGGACUACUUUGUCUUUGUAGUUUUCCUAUUUCUGACAUUUCUAGACACUAGGCAUGGCUUGUCUAAAAGUGUCAAUCUCCCAGCCAUCGCCAGUGACGGCUUCAGAGAGAUUAGCUGUAUUUAUGGAACAUCCCGCGGAAUCCUCCAUAGACUUCAAUGCUGUAUUCACGCCCAUGUGCAAGAGGUAAGCAUUAACAUCGUCUCCUGGUGCUGGAAAAAAAUGGCGCCUGCUAAGCGACAAGUUAAGGUAAGCAAAUCUCAUCUUUUCCUGGGAGUACUAAAAUACUGAUAACCUACUACUAUGUAAAUUUAAAUGCUGCAGGAGUUAGUUAAUCAAGACUGCAUUUCAGAGCAACUGCCUUGAUUAAUUCCACCUUGCAGCACAUGUUACAAGGGAACACUUUUCCUAUAACACUGGAUGAAUGAAUAAGCAGUAUUUGUCUAGACUCUAGAGAAAUACUGAAGUUCUAGCAAACCCAGUGCUAAAAUUCCUUAAGGGAACACUAUAAUGUCAGGAAUGCAAAUAGUGUUAAAAACACUAUGGGUCCAGCCCCCACUUACCCCUGCUAGUGCCGGCUGACAUAGCCCUAGUCGGGUCCGCCCGCACUGGCUCUGACCCUGAUCCCCCUCUAUGACUGAGAUCAUCAAAAUUGAUUAUUUCAGACAAUCCAAUUCUUUCCCACUGGAAAGCAUUGAGAGGCUAAUGCAAAACACGUGCUGGCCAAUCAGCCUCUCCCUUAUACAAAUAAUACAAACAGGCCACACACAAACACACACACAGUGCCCACAAACACAACACCACUGACAAUCCCUUAAGCAGGCUCUCACAUGCAAUAAUACAAGAAGCCCCACACACCACCAAACACACAAUGUGACAUAUCAUCAAGACAAUUCCUCAAGCUGCCACCAUACACAGCCCACAUUCAUAGCUAUCAUACACAAUACCACAAACUAUUCAUGAAUAUACAAAUACAAUGCUACAGAGCAAUUGCAGCACCCAUAAAUAACACAAGCACAAUAUAGCACCAUACACAGGCUCGGCAGAAAGAGACACACAGAGGGACUGGAGGGAAGAAAGAGACGCACAGAAGGACUGGAGGGAAGGAAGAGAAGCACAGAGGGACUGGAGGGAAGAAAGAGACGGACAGAGGGACUGGAGGGAAGAAAGAGACGGACAGAGGGACUGGAGGGAAGAAAGAGACGCACAGAGGGACUGGAGGGAAGAAAGCGACGCACAGAGGGACUGGAGGGAAGAAAGCGACGCACAGAGGGACUGGAGGGAAGAAAGCGACGCUCAGAGGGACUGGAGGGAAGAAAGCGACGCACAGAGGGACUGGAGGGAAGAAAGCGACGCACAGAGGGACUGGAGGGAAGAAAGCGACGCUCAGAGGGACUGGAGGGAAGAAAGCGACGCACAGAGGGACUGGAGGGAAGAAAGCGACGCACAGAGGGACUGGAGGGAAGAAAGCGACGCUCAGAGGGACUGGAGGGAAGAAAGCGACGCACAGAGGGACUGGAGGGAAGAAAGCGACGCACAGAGGGACUGGAGGGAAGAAAGCGACGCUCAGAGGGACUGGAGGGAAGAAAGCGACGCACAAAGGGAUUUGUGUAAGCGACACAAAGGUAAGGAUAAGAUAUAUUAAAGGUUGAGUGUAAGACAAAAAGGGGAGGAUAAGAAACACAAAAGGAGUAAGAAAUUCGAGAGAGGGGACUAAGAAACAUACAGGUGAAGAUGUAUUUUUUGGGGGGACAAGGGCAGCAAAAUGCCUUUUUGACUCUGUAGCCAAAAAUUCUGGCAUGGGCCCUCAACUUGAAAAGCACCAGCAAAUCAAGGGAUUUCAAGAUCUUGUUUUGGCACAGUACUGCUAAAACAUUGCCUAAACCUGCCCUAGUCUCGUGAAAUUAUGACAACUUUUUUUCCUUGCCCGAUUUCCCUAUUGAAUCAGCAUUGUGUGUUGCAUCAGCCUCUUGGGCUUUCAAGGGUCCCACUACCAAGUGCUUUCCUCACUCAUAUAGGAGACAAAUGGUCCAUGUGGACAGCCUUAGGUUCCAGACACCUUUUACACUUGAGACCUGGUCUGUAUGGAUCUUUAUAAAGACCAUUUAUCCUGGGAUCCCCAUAGAUAUUCAAACAAAUUAAAAAAAAAAAAAAAAGUCAAGUUACCGAAAGAUGUUUGAAAGGGAUACCCAGGUAAAUGUGAAAUUAAUGUACUCUAUGUGAAAUCAAUAAAUUACUUAUAGCAGUUCCUUUAAGAUUCUAGAAUUUAUUUACUGUUUUUACACUGAGAGCACAUGCAUCCUCCCUACCAGAAGGCAUUUCAAGGCCCUGUCAGUUAGAAUACAGAAUUAAUAAACAUCCAACAGAUUAAGUGUAGAAUUAUUCACUAAAAUCUGAAUGCCCCUGAUCUCUAUGAAAAUAAUUGGUGACCUUCUGGCAUAUUCAGACUGCAACAUUGUUCACAAGAUUUAUCAAUGUCAGGAUUUUGCAGCACAAGCUCGAAAUUACUUGGAAUGUAGUUCAGUUGUAAGCCUUUUCAGAGGCAACAGAAUGGCUGAAAUAUAAACCUAAAUUGUGGAAAUACACAACUGAAUGCUCAGAUUUAAAGGCAAGCUAUAGUCCUGAAAAUAACAAUGACAUUUUGUUCAUCCCCUUUGAUAUUAAAGAAUUAUUUUGAAGUAAUGAUUUCUCACCUCGUUUCCAGCAUCCAUACUCCUCCAUAGCAGUAUCCAGCGCCUCCAACGUUGAUGUCAACAUCCAAACUGACAUCACCAGCAAUCUCCUUUAAUUCAAUGCACCCUAAGAAUUUUCUAAAACUACAUUGUUUUACAUUGCAGGCAGGGCCAGAUUAAGAGCCCAGUGGGCCUGGUGCUGACAAUUAUGACGGGCCUAAUUACAGAAUCAUUUCGACCAAAAACAGUAAAACACUCCCAAGCAUCAUGAAUCUGAUUGAGAUGGUGCUGGAGAGAACGAAAACAGCAGCUAUAAGAAAACACAUACCCUAGGCUAAUCUCUCUCUAAUUUAUGUUUUCAUCUUUCAAGUAAAUCCAUAACCCCUAACAGCAGUGUCCAGUCAAGCAAGAAGUCAAUGGGCAUGGUAAAAGGGUGUGCCACUGACACAAAUCACGUAACCUUCCAAAAGGGGCGAACAUGCCCAAAAAGAGGACAUGUCUGCUCAAAGAAUUAGAAGACCAGCCUGGCAUGAAUGCAUGUCAGGCUGCCUGCCAAUCAUGCAGCUGGCCAACUAAGGGCAUACUAUGCAGACAGCACCCUGAGCUUGGCAUAAAUGCAUCUAAUGAUGCGCUCGUUCAACGCUUUCUAAGGACUGUCCCCUAGCACUCGCUGGUCCACUUGUCUCCUUACCUUCUUACUAGCAGGCAGAAGCUCCUGGUAUAUGGUCUGGGUCAGAGAAAAGCUGUAUGUAGUGAGUUUAGAAGAAAAGGAACAUGCCACAGUGUUAGAGAGACCAAAGUCAACAUUACCUUAAAGGAUCACUAUAGGGUCAGGAACACAAACAUGAAUUCAUGACCCUAUGGUGUUAACACCACCAUCUAGCCCCCCUGGGCCCCUUGUGGCCUCCAUAAAUAUAGCAAAAUUCUACCAUAUUCAAGCCUCAAGCUGUAACUCUGCAUGCUGUUGGACUCAUAAAAAGAAGCAGUCUGCUGACAUCGUUAGAAGUGGUGGCCUGAUCCAAUCACAGUGCUUCCCCAUAGGAUUGGCUGAGACUGACAAAGAGGCAGAUCAGGGUCAGAGCCAGCAUGAUUCAAACACAGCCCUGGCCAAUCAGUAUCUCCUUAUAUACCGUGUUUCCCCGAAAAUACACCCUACCCCGAAAAUAAGACCUAGCUGAAUUUUCGGGGUGGGCUGCAAUAUAAGCCCUACCCCGAAAAUAAGACCUAGGCAUUGUACCUUUCGGCCCGGCGGGACUUCCUUCUUCUAUGAGGAGGAGGAGGCGCGUUGCAGGCCGCGGCAUCGCGCAACGUGAUGACGACGUGCGCAGCGUCGUCAGUCUGCCUUCACGGAUCUUCAGCGGAAGGAUCCAUUUCCGGGCGGUGAGGCACCCAGUGGUCGGACUCGGCGGGCAAGGAAGGCAUCUUUGAAAUGUGAGUAGAUAUUUUAUGUCUGGGACUGAAUUAAUUAAAGGGGGCGGUGAAUUAAUUAAAGGGGGGUUGGAUUAAUUAAACGGGGGGUGGAUUUAUUAGAGGGGGUGGAUUUAUUAGGGGGGAAGGAGGGGUGGAUUAAUUAGAGGGGGUGGAUUAAUUAGAGGGGGGUGGAUUAUUAAAGGAGGGUUGGAUUAAUUAAACGGGGUGGAUUUAUUAGAGGGGGUGGAUUUAUUAGGGGGGGUGGAUUAAUUAAAGGAGGGGUGGAUUAAUUAGAGGGGGGUGGAUAAUUAGAGGGGGGGUGGAUUUAUUAAAGGGGGGCUAGAUUAAUUAAACGGGGUGGAUUUAUUAGAGGGGUGGAUUUAUUAAAGGAGGGGUGGAUUUACAGAGGGGGGUGGAUUAAUUAGAGGGGGGUGGAUUAAUUAAAGGAGGUGGAUUAAUUAAAGGAGGUGGAUUAAUUAAAGGGGGUGGAUUAAUUAAAGGAGGGGUGGAUUAAUUAAAGGAGGGUGGAUUACCUUAGAGGGGCUGGAUUUAUUGGGAAGUGGAUUAAUUAAAGGAGGGUGGAUUAAUUAAAGGGGGUGGAUUAAUUAGAGGGGGUGGAUUUACCUAGAGGGGGUGGAUUUAUUAAAGUAAAGUUGAUUAAUUAAACGGGGUGGAUUUAUUAAACGGGGUGGAUUUAUUAGAGGGGGUGGAUUUAUUAAAGGAGGUGGAUUUAUUAGAGGGGGUGGAUUAAUUAAAGGAGGUGGAUUAAUUAAAGGAGGGGUGGAUUAAUUAAAGGAGGGGUGGAUUAAUUAAAGGAGGGGUGGAUUAAUUAAAGGAGGGUGGAUUAAUUAGAGGGGGCUGGAUUUAUUGGGGGGGUGGAUUUAUUGGGGGGGUGGAUUAAUUAAAGGAGGGUGGAUUAAUUAAAGGGGGGUGGAUUAAUUAGAGGGGUGGAUUAAUUAGAGGGGGUGGAUUAAUUAAAGGGGGGGUUAAAUGUACAUACCGGUACCAUAAAUAAAUAAGCCCUACCCUGAAAAUAAGCCCUAGUGUGUUUUUUGGGACUAAAAUUAAUAUAAGACCCGGUCUUAUUUUCGGAGAAACACGGUAGAUGAAUUUAAUUAAUUAAUCUCUAUGAGGAAAGUUCAGUGUCUGCAUGCAGAGGGAGGAGACACUGAAUGUUUGGAUGCAUUUUAGGCAGCCAUGACCCAGGAAGGAUCUCUAACAGUCAUCUAAGGAGUGGCCAGUGAAGUUAUCACUAGGAUGUAAUGUAAACACAGCAUUUUCUCUGAAAAGACCGUGCUUACAGCAAAAAGCCUGAUGGUAAUGAUUCUAUUCACCAGAACAAAUUCAAUAAGCUGUAGUUGUUCUGGUGACUAUAGUGUUCCUUUAACUAUAUUCAUUGUCAGCCAGUCCACACAAGUUUUGUUCCCAUACACCCCUCUUAAGUUUCCAUACUUAAGUAAGAGUAUGUGAAAAGUAGUUAGAGUUGCCACCUUUCUUGGAAAAACAUACCAGCCUUACUAAUUUGCAUAAUUACAUGUGUGGGUGACAUCACAUGAUGUAAAUCACAAGGAGUGACAUAAAAGAAAAUGCUGUAAAAUCACCAAAAAAUUACUUAGUUUAAAUCUGCUGUAUAGAUGGAUUCCUCCCAGUGCCCCCAUGUCUCCCAGUGCCCUCAUGACUCAGUGCCCCCAUGUGCCGAUUACUCCAGGUCUCAGUGUUCCUAUGUACCAGUGUCUCAGUGCCCCAUGUCUCCCAGUGUCCCCUAGUGUCGUGUCCCCAGGUCUCCCAGUGAUCCUAUGUAUCAGUAUCUCAAUGCCCCAUGUCUCCCUGUGUCCCCAUGCAUCCCAGGGUCCCCAUGUCACUAGGACACUAGGAAGAUGGGGAGACCUGGGGACACGGGGAGACCUAGGGACACGGAGACACCAGUGACACUGGGAGACUAGGGGACUCUGGCUGGGACACAUGGGGACAAUGGGAAAAUAGGGGACACUUGAAAACAUGGGGACACAGACACCAGGGACAAAGAUACUAGAGACACUGGUUGGGGCACUGGGAGACAUGGGGACACUGAGACACCAGGACCACAGACACUAGGGACACUAGCUUGGGGACAUUGUGACACUUGACUUGAGGCACUGAGAGACAUGGAGGCACUAGGAGACAUGGGGACAGUGAGACACUGGCAGACUGGGGGCACUGGAAUACUAGAGGUCACUGGGAGACUAGGGGGCACUGAGACACCAGGGACACUGGCUGGGAGAUAUGGGGACAUUGUGUCCCCAUGUGUCUGUGCCAUAAUGUUUCCCAAUGUCCCUUAGUGUCUCAGUGUAUGUCUCUCCCUUUCCCCCAUCCCUUACUUCCCUGAGCUGUAGGCUGUGGCAGGGUUGGAGUUGCUGUCUGGACUCUCUGUAGCUGCACCCCUGCAGAUCAGUGAGUAUAGAUAGGCAGGGAGGGAUAUGCUGAAACUUCCUAUCCCUGCCUGUCUCCACAUACACAGUGACCCCUACUGGCCAGUGCUGGUAUUGCAUCGUAAUCUCUGUUUAUACUGAGAAAAAUACCAGCAUUUAUAUUGCCAGUAUCACUGCAAUAUUGGCACCAGCCAGGCAGCCCCAAAUACUGGCUGUGCCAAUAAAAUAAAAGCCAGGUGGAAUCCCUAAGAGUAGUGUGUGAAAAAAAAAAUGUUAACAAUUUUUUUUUAAAUCAAUGGGCCUAUUCCAUGGGCCUGGAGCUGCAGCUCCAUCAGCCCCUAUGUUAAUCCGGCCCUGAUUGCAGGGUUAGAUUGACAGGUUCACUGCACCCAGAUCACUUCAGAUGAAGUUGUCUGGGUAACUUUAGCCACUAUCUGCCUGUUAAUUUGGUUUCCCACAGCUUUUUCUCAUCAAGAAUCAUUGAAUCCACUGCUUCUCUAUCAGGAACAGUGAACACUCCACAUUAUGUCCUAACAAAUCAUAGCAAACAGCGAGCCAUGAGAGCUAAAAAUAUUACUGCUUAAAAAUAUUCCUUUAUUAUAUUCUGGGGAUGCUCAACCCAUGCUGUUUUCCAGUACUUUUUUUUUUUUUUUUUUUUUACUCCUAAUCAAAAGUAUAGGAGCAUAUAAAAAAACACAUUGUAGUUAAAAAUCCAAAAAGAGUCUAUUUUCUUUCCUCCUAGUAGAGUGCUUAAAGGAACACUAUAGUCACCUAAAUUACUUUAGCUAAAUAAAGCAGUUUUAGUGUAUAGAUCAUUCCCCUGCAAUUUCACUGCUCAAUUCACUGUCAUUUAGGAGUUAAAUCACUGUUUCUGUUUAUGCAGCCCUAGCCACACCUCCCCUGGCUAUGAUUGACAGAGCCUGCAUGAAAAAAAAAACUGGUUUCACUUUCAAACAGAUGUAAUUUACCUUAAAUAAUUGUAUCUCAAUCUCUAAAUUGAACUUGAAUCACGUACAGGAGGCUCUUGCAGGGCCUAGCAAGCUAUUAACAUAGCAGGGGAUAAGAAAAUCUUAAUUAAACAAAGCAAUAAAGAAAGCCUAAUUAGGGCUCUCUUUACAGGAAGUGUUUAUGGAAGGCUGUGCAAGUCACAUGCAGGGAAGUGUGACUAGGGUUCAUAAACAAAGGGAUUUAACUCCUAAAUACAGAGGAUUGAGCAGUGAGGCUGCAGGGGCAUGUUCUAUACACCAAAACUGCUUCAUUAAGCUAAAGUUGUUCAGGUGACUAUAGUGUCCCUUUAACAUGUUUUCCUUUAGCAUAUAACAAUAGCAAACCUUUUUUUCCCUCCACAAAGAGCAAUGGUGUUUUGCCAUGCCACUAUAUUCAAGGAAAACCCUAAGCACCAUAACCACUACAAUCUUCUGUUUUAGAAUGAGAACGGACAAAAGCUUAGAGAGAGACUCAAUAGCUUGCCCUUCGGUAAAUCCCCCGCUCAGGUCUCAAAAUAGUUUUUGCUCACUUGUGCCAUUACAGAGAGAACAUAUCUCAUCCGCACUCUGUCUCCCUCUCUUGCUCUUCCUCUCACUAAAAUGUUCAAUCUCUCCCUUUCCUCCGACACAUUUCCUUCAUCCUUCAAGCAUGCAACCAAGUCAAUGGCGCCACCAUCACCUCUACCUGACAGGCUGCUGCCUCUGUGUUCUCUUUGACUCCGACCUCUCCUUCACCCCUCAUGUCCAGUCGAUCGCCAAAUCCUGCCACUUCAAUCUCAAAAACAUAGCUCGCAUCCACCCUUAUUUAACACCAGACGCAGCUAAGGUGCUAGGCCAUGCCAUUGUUCUUUCUAGCCUUGACUACUGCAAUCCCCUUCUCAGUGGUCUUACAUGUUCCCAGAUUGCACCGCAGCAAUCUAUAAUGAAUGAGGCGGCGAGGCUCAUUUUUCUGUCCGCCUGCACCUCACACACCUCCCCCCUCUGUCAGUCCCUAUUUUGGCUUCCAGUUAGAUAUAGGGCUCAAUUUAAGAUUCUGCUGCUUGCUUACAAGUCCCUACAUAAUGCUGCUCCAACCUACCUAUCCUCCCUAAUACACACACAUAUAUCUGAUGCUCGCCUCCAAGACUUCUCCAGGGCUGCACCUUUUCUGUGAAACUCCCUUCCCUUCUCUGUUAGACUUUCACCCAGUCUCCACUCUUUCAAAACAUCUUUGAAAACACACUUCUUCAGGAAGCAUAUCAUCUAAACUGUUAGCAGGUUUUCAUCUCCCCCCCCCUCAUUACCUCCCUCCCCCUCAUUACUCCCCUCCUGCAACUGUCAAAAAUAACCUACUAAGUUCUCAGUAAUUACUUUUCUAGCAACCUAUUUCAUUACCCCUACUUAUUCCCUUUGUGUCACUAUACCCCACUCCCUCUAGCAUGUAAGCUCAGUGAGCAGGGCCCUCAACCCCUCUGUGCAUCCAUUUGUCUGGUUACAAUUACGUGUCUGGUAGUCCACCCAUUGUACAGCGCAACGGAAUUGUUGGCACUGUAUAAAUAAUAUAAUAAUAAAUGAUCAUAAGACUUGUCCCACCCAUACGGGCAGUCCAGAUGCGAAAUGCCAGCAAGUUCCCUCUGCACGAGAGAUACAGCAACCCCAGACGAUCACUUACAUAAAGUAACUGUAGUGUCCCUUUAAAUGUGUUUUAAAUUCUGUACGAGAAUGUUGCAUGAACAGAGUUCUCUUUAAUUUAAUGACAUAGUAUGGGUUUGGAAUAAAAACUUAAAUUUUAUGGUGUUGCAUCCGAACAUAUUGCUGUUUUUAAAUGCAAAUUAAAAUAUAUAUUUUUAAAAAUGAGCUAGUUGUUUGCCAUUUACCUGUCCUUUUUUUAUGAUGUAAUUUCAGAUGAUAUUCUGAACCUUUUAUUAAAUGCUGCAACAGAAGCCAGAAAAACUACACUUGGGCCACUUUGUCCACGAUUUAAUUUAAUAAAAAAUCUACACAAAGCUUUACUCCAUUUGCUGCCUGACAAUGCACAUCAGAUGGCUACAGGACGACUCUUUGUGGCCCUUACGAGACUGUCAGACUUGAAAGACAUAAUGGUUUCAGACUACAAAUCAAAAGAGGAGGUUGUCCAGGUAACAAUUUGAUAUUGUUUAUUGAUAUGAUUUUCUUGAACACACAAUCUAUUGCUAUCCUGUACAAAAAAGUUAAUGUAUGUCCUUGUGAUAACAUUUUAAAGUGGCACUGUCACUGUCUGGAGAAUUUGUCUGGGUGGCCGGGAGCGGGGCAGAGAAGUUGAGUUCUUCUUCUGGCAUGUCCUCUUCAACUCCUAGCGCUUCAGCACCAGGAACCCAAGUCACUGUUGUACUCUCGCACAUUGGGAUAAAAAAAACUCACCAUAUUGGCCUAUGAAAUUAAGCAAUCAAGAAGUUAAAGGACCACUCUAGGCACCCAGACCACUUCAGCUUAAUGAAGUGGUCUGGGUGCCAGGUCCAGCUAGGGUUAACCCAUUUUUUCAUAAUUAUAGCAGUUUCAGAGAAACUGCUAUGUUAUGAAUGGGUUAAGCCUUCCCCUAAUCCUCUAGUGGCUGUCUCAUUGACAGCCUCUAGAGGCGCUUGCGUGCUUCUCACUGUGAUUUUCACAGUGAGAGCAUAAUCCAGAAAGCAUUGUAAAUGCUUUCCUAUGACGGCUGAAUGCGCGCAGCUCUUGCCGCGCGUGCGCAUCAGGCCGCGGUCGGAUCGGAGGAGGAGAGCUCCGAGCGCCUGGAAAAAGGUAAGUUUUUACCCUUUCCCCUUCCAGAGCCGGGCGGGAGGGGGUCCCUGAGGGUGGGGGCACCCUCAGGGCACUAUAGUGCCAGGAAAACGAGUAUGUUUUCCUGGCACUAUAGUGGUCCUUUAAACAGGAGUCGGGUUUUCUCUUUUUGAGACAGAGCAACUCCACAUGCACACGUUUAGAUUCUUUGCAGUAAGGUACAGCUGGUAUACCUCUUGGAACAGUCUGCACAUGAUCUGCUACUGGAUAACCCUUCAGACUAUGCCUUGCCACUGACCCAGUAAAAAUACAGUCACAUGAUUGAAUGCAAUACUUGCCACUGUUGAAGAACAACUAUGUAUUCCUAAUGUUAUAGUGUUUCUUUAAGGAUGAAAUUUGAGGGUGCAGAUUCUAUGAUUCCUAAUUUAGGAACACCUUAGGCCUUAUAUUAGGGUGACAAAAAUAAAAAAGAAGAGUCCACACCUCAGGGAAAGUGGGGUGUUACAGCUAGCCUUUGUCAUAGCCGCCACCGGACCCUGGGGGUGUCGAUGAUUUGUAAGAUGCAAAAAUGUGAUUUAUAAAAUGUGAAUGUGGCAGGCUGCCAUUCAGGAACCAAGAACAAAUAACAUUUGCUUCAGUACUAGAAUAAAUAUUCUUCAGGAAGGUUGUGAAGAUGUGAGCAAGAACCACCAAAUAGCUCAACCUUAAAACAAAAGCUUCUUUUGCCAUAUUGAGUGCUUCAGCCUUUUUGCUUUCCCUUAUACAACAAACAAUCCAUGCAUUAUACAAUACUAUAUAGUAUGUACAAUAAACCUAUUAUGGGUGGGAUACCUUCCACAGGUACAAAGGGGAGGGAGAAGAGGCAUUUAAGAACAAUUUUAUGUGAGAUUCUCCCAUCUGCAAUCUCCAGAAACAGACCAAUGAUUCAAACUGCAGAUAGAAACUAUUGAAAAGUUUCAAACCAUACAAAAAGGAAUAUGUCCAGAAUUAUGUGAGGUCCCAGAGAUAUCAUUUCAGAGCAAUUUUGGCAACAAAGCUGGAGGAUCCUCAGGGCAGUGUGUCUUUUCAGCUUGACCGUCAAGCACCACCCCCAGUAGUCAUACUUUUAUAUCUCUGUAAUAACAUAAAAUAUUCUAGAAUUGGCUUUAGCUUUGAAUAAAAUUAUCUGAAAUCCGCUAAAACGGAUUAAAUUUUAUUUAAUUCACCAGAGGCUUUUAAAAUAUCUAUUAUUUUCUGUAAUAUUGGAAGAUAAGACACAUGGGAGGGAUGAGCUAGUUGUUUGCCAUUUAUCUGUCCUUUUUUAUGAUGUAAUUUUAGAUGAUAUUCUGAAGAUUUUAUUAAAUGGGGGAAUAAGACACAUGGGGGGGGGGAAUGAGACGCAUGGAGGGGAUGGGGGAAAUGAGAUGCACGGAGGGGAUGGGGGGAAUGAGACACACGGAGGGGAUGGGGGGAAUGAGACACACGUGGUGGGCAAGGGCAAUUUUCACAAUAGUUACACCUCUGACUACAGCUAUUUGUUCCUUUUUAAUGAAUGAACAAAUAAAUAAAAUGAAUGGCCGCUUAACAAGUACCAAGCCAUCCUAUGGCUUCUGGUCUGAUUUAUUUUGUUUAAAGGGACACUCCAGGCACCCAGACCACUUCUGCCCACUCGAGUGGUCUGGGUGCCAACUCCCGCUACUCUUAACCCUGCAAGUGUAAUUAUUGCAGUUUUUUUUUUAUAAACCUUGCAGGGUUCACUCCACCUCUAGUGGCUGUCUACUAGACAGCCACUAGAGAGCAUUUCCUGCUUCAUAGCACAGAAAACCUGUGCUAGAGUGUCGCUGGACGUCCUCACGCUGUGUGAGGACCUCCAGGAUAAUUUAAUAAUACUAAGUAACCAGCUUAUGAAAAGCACUGAAAAGCAUUUCCCAUGGGGAGCUGUAAUGCGCAUGUGUGGCAUUGCCGCGCAUGCGCAUUAGGUCUCUCCGGCCGGUGGGCAGGAUCAGUCUUGCCCACUGGCCAACAUAAUGCAGAGGAGGAGCGGCAGCGGAGGAAGAAGCAGCGACGUGGGACAUGUUGCUAUCUCUGGUAAGUGACUGAAGGGGUUUUCAGCAACCGGGGAUUGGGAGGUGGGAGGGAGCGGGAACCUUCAGUGCCAGGAAAACGGAUUGUUUUCCUGGUACUGGAGUUUCCCUUUAAGUUAGAUUAACAAUAUAGUCUACAUAAAACACAUUAGACAUAAAGUCCCAUACAUUUAUGUUUACAGCAGGGCUCUGGGGCUUUGGCUUCAAGCUUGUUUAUUGUAUAUGUGUUGCUCUUGUGGGCUAGUCCUGUCUUACCUUUACACUCUGACCCAUUCUCAUCUCUGUUUCCCAUUGUCUCACCCAGCUUUGCUUUGUUUGUUCUCGAUCCUUUGCUCAAUCUCCUCCAGAUUUUACACAGGUUGAAAAGAGACGUGUCCAUCAAGUUCAGUCUCUCUCACAUCUGUUUUUUUUGCCGUUGAUCCAAAACAAGGCAAAAUCCCCAGUUUGAUCAAGUUCCUUCUUCACCCCAGAAUGACAGUCUGAUUUAUCCCUGGAUCAAGAAUCUAUUAUUCUGCAAAUAAAAAUGUUUACCCUUAAAUAUUAUGUUUUUGCAAGUAUGCAUCUAGUUGCUGUUGAAACAUCUGUACAGACUCUGAUAAAAACACUUCUUCAGGCGCGAAUUCCACAUCCUCACUGUAAAAAAACAAAAAACAAAAAAAAAACCUUUCCUUUGCCUUAGACUAAAUCUUCUUCUUUCUUUCAGUGCAUAGGACCUUGUGUCCUAUGUAUAGUCCUGUUUUUUGUGAAUAGGAGACAAGAGGAACUAGCUCUUAGCCCAUGUUAAUGGAAAAAUGAAUAGUAUAAAACGUAACUUUUAAUAUAUACACAAAAAAGAAGAAAAAAGAAUGAUAAAAGUGGAAAAUAAUCUCAAGUGUUGCCACUAGGUGGAGACAACACCUAAUGGUGCUAAAUAAGCAUACUAUACAUAUUUAACAAUUUUGCUCUGUAAUGUGAGGUGUAAAAAUAAAAUAAAUAUCAGCUCGCCGAUUCCGCUGUAGUUUGUUACAAUAUUAGUAUACUAUGUUGCAAUUAGUUUUUUUUGAAUGCAACCCAAAACAGUAACUUAAUAUUUACUAUGUUAUGCCAGGUUGAAUCCUCGGUGAUGUAGAAAUGCAAGCAGAGUACUGCGGCUGCUAAGUAAUGUAAAAAGUGAGGUCCUCGUAAGGACUGUUAGGACAGAGUAAAUAGUAUAAUGGUCAGUGUGGUUAAACCCAGAGUGCUGGUGUGUAUAGUAAGGCGCUCUAUAGCACUACCGGUAAAAAUCAUCGUUGCUAGAUACAAUGUACUGUCACAAAAAAGGCGGUGAAAAAUAAUAAUUCAGCAAAAAGUAUAUGAGACCGUAAUGCCUGAAGAUAGUAGUGCUCUCAAGGAGAACAAAUGUAAGUAGUAUACAGGGAGUGCAGAAUUAUUAGGCAAGUUGUAUUUUUGAGGAUUAAUUUUUAUUAUUGAACAACAACCAUGUUCUCAAUGAACCCAAAAAACUCAUUAAUAUCAAAGCUGAAUAUUUUUGGAAGUAGAUUUUAGUUUGUUUUUAGUCAUAGCUAUGUUAGGGGGAUAUCUGUUUGUGCAGGUGACUAUUACUGUGCAUAAUUAUUAGGCAACUUAACAAAAAACAAAUAUAUACCCAUUUCAAUUAUUUAUUAUUACCAGUGAAACCAAUAUAACAUCUCAACAUUCACAAAUAUACAUUUCUGAUAUUCAAAAACAAAACAAAAACAAAUCAGUGACCAAUAUAGCCACCUUUCUUUGCAAGGACACUCAAAAAGCCUGCCAUCCAUGGAUUCUGUCAGUGUUUUGAUCUGUUCACCAUCAACAUUGCGUGCAGCAGCAACCACAGCCUCCCAGACACUGUUCAGAGAGGUGUACUGUUUUCCCUCCUUGUAAAUCUCACAUUUGAUGAUGGACCACAGGUUCUCAAUGGGGUUCAGAUCAGGUGAACAAGGAGGCUAUGUCAUUAGAUUUCCUUCUUUUAUACCCUUUCUUGCCAGCCACGCUGUGGAGUACUUGGACGCGUGUGAUGGAGCAUUGUCCUGCAUGAAAAUCAUGUUUUUCUUGAAGGAUGCAGACUUCUUCCUGUACCACUGUUUGAAGAAGGUGUCUUCCAGGAACUGGCAGUAGGACUGGAAGUUGAGCUUGACUCCAUCCUCAACCCGAAAAGGCCCCACAAGCUCAUCUUUGAUGAUACCAGCCCAAACCAGUACUCCACCUCCACCUUGCUGGCGCCUGAGUCGGACUGGAGCUCUCUGCCCUUUACCAAUCCAGCCACGGGCCCAUCCAUCUGGCCCAUCAAGACUCACUCUCAUUUCAUCAGUCCAUAAAACCUUAGAAAAAUCAGUCUUGAGAUAUUUCUUGGCCCAGUCUUGACGUUUCAGCUUGUGUGUCUUGUUCAGUGGUGGUCGUCUUUCAGCCUUUCUUACCUUGGCCAUGUCUCUGAGUAUUGCACACCUUGUGCUUUUGGGCACUCCAGUGAUGUUGCAGCUCUGAAAUAUGGCCAAACUGGUGGCAAGUGGCAUCGUGGCAGCUGCACACUUGACUUUUCUCAGUUCAUGGGCAGUUAUUUUGCGCCUUGGUUUUUCCACACGCUUCUUGCGACCCUGUUGACUAUUUUGAAUGAAACGCUUGAUUGUUCGAUGAUCACGCUUCAGAAGCUUUGCAAUUUUAAGAGUGCUGCAUCCCUCUGCAAGAUAUCUCACUAUUUUUGACUUUUCUGAGCCUGUCAAGUCCUUCUUUUGACCCAUUUUGCCAAAGGAAAGGAAGUUGCCUAAUAAUUAUGCACACCUGAUAUAGGGUGUUGAUGUCAUUAGACCACACCCCUUCUCAUUACAGAGAUGCACAUCACCUAAUAUGCUUAAUUGGUAGUAGGCUUUCGAGCCUAUACAGCUUGGAGUAAGACAACCUGCAUAAAGAGGAUGAUGUGGUCAAAAUACUCAAAUAAAUAUAAGAAAUUUGGGAAAAAUCAGUACAAAGUGGUGCUACUAUCACCUAGUGUGAAUCACUCAACCACACAAAUAAAGUGUACAAAAAAUAUAAAAGACGGUGAGAGCACUCUAAAGCAUGCAAUUCAAAUUAUUACCAGAUUGAUCUUGAGUUCAACUCUAAAAACAACAAGAUAAAAGAAACAUAGAGUAAUAUUGACAGAUUACAAAUAUUGUUAGUAAAAUACUGGAAAAACUCACAUGUUACUGAGUCACUUAAAAAGCUGACUCAGACUAAAAGCUUGUAGUGGAGAUGAAUAUUCCUUUAGACUGGACGUCCUUUGGAUGAAUUUCUUCUGGAUGUUAAUAUAAAAAUUAUUCCAGGAUACAAUUCCAAAGUGAAACUAAUUUAUUGAUUAAAACAAAAAGUUUUUAAAUCAAACAUAAAAUAAAAUUGUCCAUAUGCAGUUACCACCGGUAACAUAUGCAGUUACCACUAAUUUAUUGAAUGCCAAAGUGUCUAAACACCCAGGUCUGACCGCUACUGAUAGAUAUUGUAAUUAUCGAUCUAUGAACAUCAGUUUGCAUUUAAUGUACUUGUCACGGCAGGUAUAUCAAAUAGUAGUCUGCAGUCAAAGCUGGGUAUAAGGUCAGACGGCUCUUCAGGGGUUUGUGAAUAGAUUUCCAUACAAUGGUUUGUAUUAGCCCUUGAUAUAUUUGUAUAAUGUUAUCAUAUCCCCUGUUCUUAAAUAACAAGGUUUACAUUUGUUUACCUUUCUUUGUAGGUAAAAUGUCCCAUUCCUUUUAUUAAUAUUGUAGCCUGCACUUUUUCUAGUGCCAUGAUAUCCUUCUUUAGAACAGGUGAGAAUUAAUACUCCUAUUGAUGCAAGACAAUACCUUACUGGCCUUAGCCAUUGCUUAUUGAAAUUUCACAUUGCUGCCUAGUUUCUCUAUAACAAUUCCAAAAUCCUUCUCAUGUGUUAUCCCUAAUUCUCUACCAUUUAUGGUGCAGGUUGCUUGUGUAUUCUUUACCCCAAAGUGCUUAACUUUGCAUUUUUCUACGUUAAAUGUCAUUUCUUAAUUGCAGCUGCGUAUGGUUUCUGCAUCCUGGUUCCAGGGCAAAGGAUUGUAGCAUAUUCCAUGUUUCCUUUGUUCUCAUCCAUGUUCCAGCAUGGAGGCUUCCUGGUUCUGCUUUUCUUUGUCCCCCUACUUUAACUACCUUUCAACUAAUCUGCUCAUAUGUGUAUUGCUGGCAUGGAUAUUAACAUGGAUUGGUUUAUAGAUGUUGAGCUUUUACUGAAAGGUGUUUUUUUUUUAUUUAUUUAUUUUUUUAUUGUAUUUUUAUACAGAGAGUAAAUAUGCAUUGUUGGUAUAUACAAUCAUCAAUUUACAUAUUGAUGUCCACUACAUUUACCAUACAGAAAAUCAAUUGCAGUUCCAAUAUUUACAUACUUUCCAGAAUUUACACAUCUUCCAAUGUCACAAGGUGCAUAAAUCAUACCCAGUGUUCUUUAUUAUACAUGGUGAGUUGAAUAUAGUAGUACGCCACUGCUAAUUGGAGUAGUUGUGUUAGUGUAACACCGAGUCGCGUCUCCUGUCAGUUAGAAUCAAAUGAUGUGUAUAGAAAUCGUAGUGUUAGUGGUCUUACUUUAUUGAACAUAUUGUUCCGUUACCUCUACUGUCUGUGGUGCUAACAUUAUAUAUUAGUCUGGGGUAUUGAUGUUGCAUAUAUGCCAUCUUGCUUAUGACAGUCCUUCCGUUCGUACCUGUUUUAUCAUAUAUAUAUAUAGGUUCCCGGUAUUUUCAGCCUAGUCUCUAAAGUUUACACUAUAUCUCUUGUCUGCAUCGCUUCUUUCCUUGUCUGUAUGCCUCAUUUCAUGGGGUGUCUGUAUGUGUCCCACAUUCGCCAUGCAUCUAUCCAAAAUUGUCGUGGCGCCCUAUGUGCUCGGACAGUGCAUUCAUAAAGUCUGUUAUCUAGGUGUGAGAUAAUCGUGUCUAAUAGUGGAGGAUCUUUUUGUAUCCACGCCUUAGCUAUAGCUGUUAUUACUGCCAUGGCUAUGUGGAAUUGUUGGGAUUUUGAGAGGUCCCAUGGUAUAUGUUGUAAAAGGAAUAUCUCAGGCGUGAAUGCUAUAUCCAUAUUCCCUAUUUGUCGUAUUAGGGACUGUAUAGUCCUCCAUAGUUUUGUGAUGACAGGGCAUGUCCACCAAAUAUGUAUGACGUCACCUGUGUCAUGACCACACCGCCAACAAGCUCCUGUCUGUUUCGGGUCAAUGUGUUUCAGCUUGGUGGGCACCAUAUGCUAUCUAUAAAGCAUUUUUCUUGACAUUUCGACAUUUCUAUCUGGGCUGUGGAUAGAGUUAGGUGUUUGUGGGCCACAAAGCUUUUCCGCCAAUUGCCCCGUUGCCCCCCCCCUGGAUCCGCCAAUGGGUCAUAGCGCCUAGCUGCGGAGCCAUGGGGGGUAGAUAUCAAGAUAUCUGUUUGGGUGGCUAACGGCCUUAACGUUUUAUUUAUGUAGAUUAGGACCUGGCCUUGUGAGUGGUGACCCAUGUGUGUCAUAGUAUGAUCUCUAGGAGGGAACCCCAUUGCCAUCAGUUGGUAGAUCUGUUGUAGCCUAAGACAUCAAAAAGCUGUACAUAAUAAUACAUUCCUACAUUAAACAACAUGGGGAGCUUACAUAACACUAUUAUCUGUCCAUUGUAGUCCAUACUUUUGCGAUUCAGGCACUCCUUAUCUAGACUUCAACAUACAUUCUAUUGAUUUAAGCACUAGUAGGUGGUAAUAUACGUAUGUAUGUAGGGCGUGUUUUUUUUAAUUUUUAUAUUAUGUGUGUUUGAUUUACCAAUAUCCCAGUGAUCAGGUAUUCCCUGAUCGCAUAGCCCUAACUCCGUGGGUAGGACGGUUUAUUGGCAGUCUACAAGUACCAUAUAUUAAUCUACUAUCCUCUUUCUGACAACUGAGGGCUCUUACCCUUUGUGUUAUACUCGACGUGGGAUCAACAUAUAUAUUGGGAUGAUGUUUCAAACUCCAUUAUAGGAGUAUGUAUGUAGGGGUAAAGGAUAUAUAGUUAGCUUGUGGAAUGUAACGGGAUAGUUUGGUUGUAACUCUUAUGCCUAUGCAAGUGCUUGUACGGUACCUGAGCCCUUAAGUAGGCAGUGUCUUUGAGUUUGAGUUCCCCAAUGUCCUCAUUUCCUUUCUAGUCUUUUCUGUGUGUUCGUUUGCUGUGUUCAUGGGAAAGAACGCCACAUUAUCCGUCUGAAGCCGCUAAUGUUCUUGAAGUAGCUUUAAUAUCCAUGUCCCUUGUGUCUUGUGGGUAUUAUAUGAUCGGUGCCUUAGAAGGUCCCUCCAGAGGAUCAAGGCAUAUCGAAUGCCUGUGUAGUGUGUGGUAAUUUAGUAUUCUGGUCACCAGCUCCAUUUAACAAUGAUCGUGAUCAGCUCGUUUUGCAGGUAUUGUAUUCCAUUUCACCUGCAAUCGACGUCGCCACUUUCUCCGUUGCCUUGCUCGCUAUACCCCAGGUUUGCAGGAGCUUCGCUCCUUCUUCAGGUGAGGAGAUGGUAUGUAGCUUACCCUCUCGGGAGAUAAUCAUUUUUGUCGGGAACCCCCAUCGAAAUCUCAUGCCAUUGGCUCUUAAGCUGUCCGCAAGAUGGAAAAGAUCCUUUCUUUUUUUUAACGUUGUAGCGGACAGAGCCGCAAAUAUUUUUACUGAUGGGUAGUCUGGAUGUGGUGCAGAUUUAUUUCUGCUCAUGCGCAUUAUUAGCUCCUUUAUAUGAUAAUAGUGUACUCGUGUGAGUACAUCUCUUGGCACAGUUUCUGGCAGGUACCUUGGUUUUGGGAUCCUGUGUACUCGGUCCAGGAGUAGCAUCUCCCCCGGUUUAUCAGGUGCAUAGGCCUUGAUGAGGCCUCUUACAAAUGCCUGUAGAUCCUCCGGCCUGACUGAUUCAGGGACUCCCCGCAGCCGCAGGUUGUUCCUCCUGGAACGAUCCUCAAGGUCCGCUAGUUUCACUUCUGUCAUUGUAAGUUUUUGCUCCAGAUGCUCUACAUGGCUCGCGAGGUCAUUAUGUGCCACAGCAAAGUCGUCCAUUUUGGAUUCGACGUGUGUUGUCCGUUUGUUGAUCUCUUGUACAUCUCUUCGUAGCGAGUCCAUGGAGUGUUGCCAAGACAUGAUUAGUUUCUGGGAUAGGUUGUCAAGCGCUACUUGCAGGUAGCUUUUGGUGAGUUGAUCGGUUAUUGUAGGCAAUCCUGUAUCUUGUUGUGAGUCUCGAGGAUUCGGGCUGGCGUCGCCAUCUUGCGAAGGCCGCAGCUGCUCCGUGGCAUCUAGUUGUUGUUUGCUGCCAAAAAAGUUUAGUUUUUCGUUUUUUGCAGAGUUUUUCUUUGCUUUAGUUUGUGCUAUUCUUUAUUUUAGCAAUUUGCAGGUCCUAAGCGUCCGGAUUGUUGUAGAUUGUCGGCCUUGGUAGCCAGAGCUCGGGUUCAAGCGACCAUUAAGCUCGGCGGUUAGCCACGCCCCGUACUGAAAGGUUUAAUACAGGGAAAAUCAUGUUAGAACAGAUCCUUCACAUCUACAUACCUUGCUGUGGUAGUUGAAGGGACACUCCAAAAUACAAAAUUAAACAAACCAUUGUUUAGUAGAUAUACCCCAAAUGAAAACAUCCAUGCAUUUAAUUAUGCAGUUUGUUCAUUGGAGUUAUAUCUAAAAACAGCUAAAAACAGCUUGCAAAAUCUGCAGAUCUCUCUGCUCCCUUUUUGGUUCACUGCAACUAAGCGUUCCCUUGCUGUGUGUUUUUUCUUGCCUGUUUGGCUGUCGCUCCUUUCCUGCGAACGCCUCUCUAUUUUCUUUUGCUGUGCUUUCAUUUUUUUUCUUUGUUCGAACGCUUUCAAGCUGUCUCCUCUCCUCGUGGUUGGGUAUGUAUUGUUUUUUCCUGUCAUCUCAUCUUUAUCUUGGCUAUGCCCCAUAGAUUCUCUAUGGGGUUCAGGUCAGGCAAGUUUGCUGGCUAAUCAAGCACAGUAACCCCACGGUCAUUGAACCAGGAUUUGGUGCUUUUGGCAGUGUGGGAAAAUAAGGUCAGCAUCCCCAUAAAGCUCGUCUGCAGAAGAAAACAUGAAGUGCUCCGUAAUCUCCUGGUAGACGGCUGUGUUGACCCUGGACUUAAUGAAGCACAGUGGACCAACACCAGCAGAUGACAUGGCUCCCCAAAUUAACACAGACUGUGGAAACUUCACACUGGACUUCAAGCAUCUUGCAGUGAGUGCCUCUCCAUUCUUCCUCCAGACUCUGGGUCCUUGGUUUCCAAAUGAGAUGCAAAAGUUGCUCUCAUCAGAAAAGAGGACUUUGAACCACUGAGCAACAGACCAGGUUUGUUUUUCUUUAGCCCAGGUAAGACGCUCCUGACGUUGUUUGUUGUUCAGGAGUGUUCUUCAUUUGCCCUGUGACUAUGGCCCCUGGGGUGUAUUGCUUUUUAAAAAACUCCAUUUGUACAUAUUGGAUUCUAAAGUACUGUUUCUGCCACUUUAAAAACUAUUGGAAAGGAUUUGCACUUUUGAAGUGGCACUUCGGAUACAGCCGAAGUAGUUGAAGUGGCCGCCAUUCGACAUACGAACACGUGGCGGCGGCAGUUUUAUUUCAGUCAAACGCGUUCAGCGGUGUUUGGUCGUCGAGUUCAUAUAACUCAAAUUUGAUACGCGACUGCACGAACACCGCUGAACUUUCCCUUCUCCAGACUUCAACAUUUCGAAGUCCCACGGCCGUCAUCUUGCCCGACUGUCUCUUUCCAUUAACACACGCAGGGCUUAUGACAGGGCCUUCUCCUUGUUUGAGGUUUUUAUCGGAGUAUGGUAUUACUGAUUCUUUUGCUAUGUCGACUGUGGUAGGUUUUGCUUCCUUUUGCCCCCUUAAACUCGCACUAUCAGGUAUACAACACCACACGUUGCUUUUAUUUCCCAACAAACACAGCUUCAUGUCUUCAUACCAGAUCAAAUCCAUACUUAGAGGCAUUCAGAAAACCGGCCACGCCCCAACACAUAGGAGGUUACCCUUUGACAUCCAAUUUUAGAUGCCGGUCCACUUGAUCCUAGCACCGACCAUGUAAUUAAAACUGCAAUUUACCUGGCUUUCUACGGUUUUCUUAGAUCCCGUCAAUUUACCACAACUACCACGACCAACCUACAAUAUUGCCUGGAAGUCCUCUGCAUACUCUCUGUACAUCCCAUACCAGUACAAGAACUCAGACACGCCUUUCAUAAUACGUCUAUGUAAUUCAUGCUCUUCUUUUUUGUUGUUGAUUGUAAUAAAUUCUAGUCUGUAUCUAUUUUUGCCCUCUUUAUUUACAGGCCUACUGCUAUGUCGGUUCCGGCACACCUCAACGGACUUUUCCUCUUCUUACACCUUGCUACACCUUCCUACUCUCCUUAGACUCUUGCUUUUGCUUUUUAUGCCCCUGUCACAAAUGCGAAGGCUUGGCCUGCAGUUGUGAGAGGUGCAUGGUCCCCUAUAUAAGGCCACUGCUCACCUCCACCUGUCCCGUUCGUUCCUUAGCUUUGCUUGAACCCACCAUCCUCUCCCUUUUUUAUACUUUUCUUUACUCCUUACUGGCAGGGCCCUCUUUAUUUACAGGUCUACUGCUACGUUGGUUCCAGCACACCUCAACCAACUUUUCCUCUUCUUACACCUUGCUACACCUUCUUACUCUCCUUACACUCUUGCUUUGGCUUUUUACGCCCCUAUCACAACUUAUAUGUUUAGAUGUCUAAUGAUCUACUCAGUUAGUACUCUCCUUCUCUCCAGUGUGCCAGUGCUGCCACCAUAAGAGGCAUAGGCGUGCGCACAGGGUGUGCCGGGUGUGCCUGGGCACACCCUAAUCCUCGCAGCACGCCUAUGGAGUGAGACCGGCAGGGGAGAUCUCAGGAUGCAGAGAUGCAUGCAGAGCCAGUACUAUCCGAGCGCCGGCUCUGCUCUCAGUCUCCCUCCCCACCGACCCACAGGCAGGGAGGGAGGCAGGAGAGGACCCGGGGAGCUCAACCAGCAGCUCUGCUGGGUUCCUCUCGCAAGGUCGGAGUGUUGCCACGGCAACGCUCGGAUCUUGCGAGAGUGAACUCUAGCCCCACAGGCUAGAGUUCACUCUCCACUGGACUACCAGGGAUGGCAGCAGCACGGUCCCCCCUCCCUACAUAAGGUAAUAAGGGACGGGGAAUAUUAAGUAAUGUACCCCCACCUCCACCCCCCACAAUCACCCACACACACCCACACAUACAGCACCUACACACAUGCACACACACAUGCAUCUACACACAUGCACACACACACAUGCACCCACAUGCAUCUACACACACAUGCAUCUACACACAUACAGCACCCACACACACACAGCACACAAACCGCACCCUCACACACACAUUACACUAACAGCACCCUCACACACAACACCCUCAAACCACCCUCACACAGCACACACACACACAGCAGUGUAUGUGUGUGUGUGUGUGUGUGUGUGUGUGUAUAUAUAUAUAUAUAUAUAUAUCACACAUAAAUAUACACGCGGUGUGUGUUUGUGCUUUAGGGUGCACACCCUAAUGCAAUAGGCUGCACACGCCUAUGAUAAGAGGUCAGUUUCUGAUACAUUAGUGUAACAUUCACCCCUACUCCCAUGUUGGUGUGAUUGGCUGACUGAGCUUGGGAUUGCUCCUAAAUGGUAGAGAAUUGAGCAUCGAGACUGCUGGGGCGUAAUCUAUACACACAAACUGCUUCAUUAAGCUAAGGUUGUUUUGGGGACUAGUGUCCCUUUAAGCUAGACUAAUAGACCACAAUGGACCUAGUAAUUGUUCAACUGUAUUCAACUGUAACAUGUUGACAUCUUCUACUUUCUCCACUUAUCCAGGUUCUAAUAUGCAGUUGUUUUGUUCCUUUUUACUGUGGGAUUGUUCCUCCUUCAUUUCGAGGAGUGGUAAGUAAUGGUUUAUUUAAAAAAAUGUAGAUUAAGGGUAACGAUCAAAAUUAGAUCUCCUGAUUUUAUAUAACCGCUCCAGUACCUUUGCUUACACUAGUAAAUUUGCUGGAUCUUUUCCUUUUAUUUUGGGCUUGUUUUUCCAUUUUAAAAUAAAGGAAAGUAAAAAUCGUUUUAAAAUACAUUUUAUGAUAAAGCAUUUACUAUGUAUUUCCACCCCCUCUUUAGGUGUUGCUUACUGUUGGGUAACAUAGCUUUAACAUGUAGUGCAGAUAAAAGUGUGUCCCACUAGUACUCUUUUAAAUACCAUUUACUAUUUUUCAAAAGUUUUACAAAUUUUGUUCCCAAAGUUCAUUAUCUUAUUAAUAAAUAAAGGGACCAAAUCGUGGAAGAAUUUUCGGGUAACAUGAAGUUUAAAUAGAUGAUUCCAAUGAUUCCAUCUAGAAGGUAUAUAAAAAUAUAGUUUGAAGUAAGGCUUUGGAUGGGUGUUCCAAAGUAAUCUAUUCAUCUAAUCCAUUUCCCUGGCCACAGUCAAAAUUUGAAAUGCCCUUGUUGGGAUUUUAAGGGCAUACAAAAUAUGGCUCCCACUGGGGUAAGUGAAAGUUUAAUGCUUGUCAAAGACCUGAAUCCUUAUUAUUAUUCUGCACAUAUGUAUCUUUUUUUACUUUGGUUUGUAAAUGGGGAGCCACCGAUAAACUGAAGCUCUCAGCCUAUCAGACAAACAGGUCUAAGGUUUCUUGACUGAAGCUGAUUGAAUCUGUAUUGAAGAAUUUAGGGUUAGACUGUUCAUUAAUGGUUUAAUCCCUGAGCAUUCAGGACCUUCUUAACCACAACCAUAAGAUCAGUGCACGUAUUUAUGUAUAAAUUUACUGAUGAAUAGUAAGAGAGUGAACAUGUGCAAUUUGCACUUACAAACAAGGGAAAUGUUAAUGCCAAAGUUGCAAUCAAGCACAAAGACAUGUUUUUUGGGUUUUUUUUUUUUUAAAGACAUAGUAGAAAACUUCACAAAAUCUUCCACUAACCUGGGUGCUUCCUGACCCCACACACUGCAAUUAUAAUAGCUUACAUUCUCAUAUAAAUUGAAAGUCUGUGUAAAUAACAUGGUGGGUGAAGAACUGGCUACUGCUUCUGUAUUCAUGCAAAUAAGUUACAACAUUUACAUCCUCUGACAUGUUACAUGCUUACAUACCUCCAACCAGGACUAACUCCUAAACAUAUGAAAACAUACAAACCAAUUUAUUAAUAGUUUAUUUUUAUCAUUGAUAAAUAUAAAAAUCUAAUAGUAAAUGUAGUUCUUAAAGUUGGCAUAUCACCUUUAAUGCAUUGGUCACCUUGCCUUAUAGCCUCCAUUAUAUGCCUUCCAUUUAAUAUUAUUUACAUAAAUUUAGCUUCCCUAUACAUCUUAACAAUGACAGAUCGAAAUAAGAAAAAAAAGGGAAUGAGCUCAUUACUUGUCACUGCAACGUAUGCAAGAUAUGUCACAGACAGGCACACUGAACUAAAACUACAAUUAAAUCCAAUACGAAUCCAGCAUGACCUAUAUUUUAAGAAUUCCUUUUUGCACACUAUUGCAACAGUUGAAUCAAGCCAUGUUUGUAUCUAGCGCAGUAAACUAAUUGUGUUGUAAAAUAAGUGUCUUGACUUUUGUCAUAUUAAUUCAUUCUAUUACAUAAAUUAUAGUAGUUACAUCAUUACAUAAAAUAACUUCCUGUUGGAAUAGGCAGGAAUACAGUAACAUCAAUUAGAAGAUUAUCACUGUUCACUGGCACAUUAUAAGGAUCAUGGGAUGCAGUUAGAAGUGGAAGUCUACUCCCAAAUGACCAAAAAUAGCUGGACCUUCAAUGAUAUUCUAUUCUCCUAAUGCUCUAGCAGUGGAAUGGGAAAGUCUGGAUAGCUUAAAGGAUCACUAUAGGGUCAUGAACACAAACUUGUAUUCCUGACCCUAUAGUGUUAAAUUCACCAUCUAGCCCCCGUGGGCCCCUCAUACCUCCAUAAAUCUAGCAAAAUCUUACUGUAUUCAAGCCUGAAGCUGUAACUCUGCAUGCUGUUUGCCUCAGAAUAAACAGCUGUCUGCUGACCUCAUCAGACGUGUGGUAGCCUGAUCCAAUCACAAUGCUUCCCCUUAGGAUUGGCUGAGACUGACAGAGGCAGAUCAGGGGCAGAACCAGCAUGAUUCAAACACAGCCCUUGCCAAUCAGCAUCUCCUCAUAGAGAUGAAUUGAAUCAGUGAAUCUCUAUCAGGAAAGUUCAGUGUCCUCAUGCAGAGGGAGGGGAUACUGAAUGUUUGGAUGCACUUUAGGCAGCCAUGACCCAGGAAGGAUCUCUAACAGUCAUCUGAGGAGUGGCCAGUGAAGUUAUCACUAGGCUAUAAUGUAAACACUGCAUUUUCUCUGAAAAGACAUUGUUUACUGCAAAAUGCCUGAAGGUAAUGAUUCUACUCACCAGAACAAAUUCAAUAAGCUGUAGUUGUUCUGGUGACUAUAGUGUCCCUUAAAAUCUCUUUCCUGCUCUUGUGUUAACACAGACUGCCGGAGUGGGGAUAUAAUAGUAAUAUAUACUGUGCUAUUACAAUGUAAUAACUUAAUCUGCAUCAGCAUAGUUGUGCAGCUUUCUUAUAUUAUGCCCCCCCAAGACCAAAAUGUUGGUAAGGAUGUAAUUCAGCAGUGGUUUAGGACCACAGAACAAUCUCUGCGCAAGGACCUGACAAUCAAAAUAUGCAGACUGAUGCUGUCAUAAAGUGUUUUUCUUUAUUUGUAUACCCAUGUUCAGUCUCAUGGUAUUCGACAAGUUUUUAUAAUAGAAUUAAUUGAAUGGAUUGUAAUUAAUCCCACUUUAGGAUAACACAUUUAAUUGCUGCAUGUGGUUAAUUUUCCAAAAUUUGGCCAGACAUUUCUUUAUUUUUAACACUCAAGUACUUUCACCAGUAGUGGGCAGCAAUGUCUACAGUUGCAAAGAUAUGCUUCAAUAGAUAUGUAGUUUUUUGGGGUUUUUUUAUAAUUGUUUUUAUUUUUUAUUAAGAGCACUGUCUGAUUUUAAAUUGUAGUGUUAAUUACAAUCAAAAAUAAAACCUUGCUUCCAUUGUUUUUUUUUUGUUUUGUUUUUUUCCUAUGGACAUGCAUAAAAGAUAGAAUGGUUGUUUUUCCAUGUCGUUUCUCUCUUGUUUUUUUACAGAGAUAUUUCGAUGGUGGUUGUACCAAUUUCCAUCCUUUUGUCAACCUAAGCUCCAUCCUUACAGUGUCUCCAUUCUCAGGAGAGAUUGACAUUUGUCCUAGGGACUGUCCUGUGUCUUUUUGCGUUUUUGUUUUGAAUGCCAGUUUCCAGCUGUCAAUAGAGAAUCUCCGUAGAGUGAUCUAUGCACUAUUUCCACCCCAGACCAUGGUAAGAAACAGCAAGGUCUGCUUUUCUUCUUACUUAUGAUCAAUGACAUUUUAAAAAAUACCUUCAAAACUAACAAUCAGUCAAGUUUAUUACAUCACCAGGAUAAGCCAAUACAAGUAAUCCUGGUGUAGGAAAGCAAAGUGCAAUCUAAACCAUAUGUGUACAUACCACUUCCAUGCUAAUCACGUCGGCUUUUGACUGCUGGUUAGCAGAGACAAUGCUAGGGGAUUUGAGGGCUGAAACCCCGGGUGUGGGGUUCCUUGGCUCCAGUUCUCUACAGUUAAUGAAGGGGGCCAGAAGAUAUCAGUUUUUUAUUUUUUUUAUUUUACAUCAGGCAGCUGUUUCUCAAAGCAGCUGCCUAUUAAAAAAAAAAAUAAAAUCCGUAAAAUAGAGCUCCACUUGAGGGGAUGGAGGUAGUGCUGCCCGCCCUCCCUUCCUCCCUCCCCCCCCCCCACCGCCCAUUCCACCCCUACGCCCAUGUGGGUACACAUGGAAGGUGCUGGGGAACUGAAGAUUGCUAUAUACUCCUCUAUUAGUUUGCCUAGAUAGGCAGUGUGGUGGGAUCAUUUGAAUACCUGGCUAUGCAUUCAUUGAAAUCCUAAAGAUCUGCAGCAGAAUGCUCUAUGUGGGUAGAACAUAACGUAAAUAGGUUGAGAUAUCUUAUGACUUAUCCCCACCUUUAUGUUAGCAUAGGGUCAUAAAAUUUUCAUUUGGGUUUAAGCCCCAGAUGUUUCUGAAAUUAGAAAUGUGCCUGCUGCUCAGUAUCAAAUAACAAAUAAUAAGAUGUCCAGGCAGUUUUAUUGGUUCAAACAAGUGAAAGAGCAGCAACGUUUCCACCUGUCUUUGUCAAGGAAUUAAGUGCAGCUCUGCUCUUCCCUUUAAGGAACAGGUUUAUCUGGUGGGCUAGUUGAAUCUACCUACCAUCAGUGGCGGAACUACCAAGGUCGCAGUGGUUGCUGCUGUGCCUGGGCCUGUCACUCGAGGGGGCCCGGCUGCCCUGUCGACCCCUGCAUGUUCUGACUAUCUGCACUCACCACCUGCAGUCACCUUGGCAACUAACCAUGCCUUCUUCAUAUAUUUCCCCAAUGUGUGCGGAAUGCCUGCUGAAUGACUGGUCAUGCCUCUUUGUGAGUUGUUUUUUUUUAGGUGUAGAUUAUUGCAUUCUGCCGCCGCCAACCAUUAGUAGCUUGCAAUUUCCAUCCCCACUCCUAACCCUCCCCCUAUUUAGCCGCCGACUUCGUUCUAUCCAGGCUACUGUCCUGUGUAUAGUUGUGUUCUAUUUUCACCCCCUGUCCUUGCGGUACCUGAGGGCCACGUGGUAUGGCAGGCAGUGAUUGGUGGAAAGUGGCUGCUGAAUGAUCCUAAUAGGAGCACUAUCCCAGCUGGUAACUGCAGGUCAGAAUACUCAUGUGUUUUAUUGUUAAACCAAUAUACCAUGUACUGCCACUAAUGUACAUACUGGGAAUUCUGGGUGGUUUUAAACAAAAAAAUAACUUUUCGAGUGUCUGUGUGAGAAAAUGUGUAUGUGUUUGUCAAUGAGUGAGUGUUUGUGUCUAAUCAGUGUGUGUCUGUUAGUAUGCAUGUGUGUCUUUCAGUGUGUAUCAAAUCAGUGAGUGUGUUUGUCAGUAAGUAUAUGUCAGUGUGUGUGAGUCAGUAUAUGUGUCUGUCAGUGUGUGUGUAAAAUCAGUGAGUGUGUAUGUCAGUGUGUGUCAAAUCAUUGAGUGUGUCAGUGAGUGUGUGUGUGUGUGUGUGUGUCAAAUCAGUGCUUGUCAGUGAGUGGAUGUCAAUGGGUGUCAAAUUAUUAAUGAGUGUUUCUGUCAGUGAGUGUGUGUGUGUCUGUCGGUAUAUGUCAAAUCAGUGAUAGUGUGUCUGUCAAUGAAUGUCAAAUCAUUGAGAGUAUGGGUCUGUCAGUGAGUGUAUUUGUGUGUUUUUUUUGAGUGAGUGUAUUUGUGUGUGAAAAAGUUUGUGUGCCAAUGACUGUGUGUCUGACAGUGCAUGUGUGUGUGUGUAUGUAUCAGUAAGACUUUAAAGGGUGCCCUUUUGAUGAUACCUGCACCGGGGCCCUGUGUUCUAGUUAUGCCCCUGCCUACCAUCAAACUUCUAAGGAAAUAUUCCACUGUGAUGAGUUACUGAUAGGAAUAUUUCAUUUCUUCAGAAUACGGGUGGACUCAUUUUUUAGAUGUGGUUGUUUUGUUUUGUUUUUUAUCCGAAAGAGUUAAAAUUGGAUUUCUGAAUGGAUCAUGGAAGAUGUUGCAUAUAAUUUUUUCCUAUUUGUUUGUUGGAAUAAGCACAGAUUAGUUUGUUAGAGCAUAUAUAGACACUUGUAUCAAAGGAUUCUACUGUGGAAUAAAACUUUUCAAUGUGAUUACGAAUGUUAGCACCACCGGGGUAGAUUGAUCAAAGAAUCACUGACAUUUUUACUUUUAAUUUUCAUCACAAUUUAUUUAUUUAAAUAUAAAAUUACAAACAGAUGUGUUAAUUUCCACUUAAUGUGAAUUAAUAAAUCUUGUAUAUUGACAGCAGCUUAAAACACUUGGGAUCACACAAUAAAAUCAGAAAUACAAAUGUCAUAUUUCGUGUUUAGGUGAUAAACCCCACCAAAUAACAUCAAAUGCAGAGCUAUAAAUAAGUAACAAAUUUAUCCCUUAAUACCCAUACCAAGGCAGCAUGUAAAAAGAUACAGAGAAACAAAUAGUUCAACUCCAUGUAACAAAAUAUUGGUGUAUAAAGGUGAACUAAAGGUAAUACUACAAAAAGAACUAUCCCUUUUCAGAUCAAUCUUAGAGCACUUUACAGGUGCCAUCAAGAACAGCCUUUCUCACAUCUGUUUUUACUGUCGAUCCAAAGGAAGGCAAAGAUCCAAUCUGAAGUGCUUUCAAUUUUUCAAUAAACUAGGGAAAAAAAUCCUUGACCCCAUAAUGGUGGAAUUUAACCAUAACUUUUCAAAACACUUUGAUAAAAAUCCCCCAGUGUGUUUCACCAUACUUUUUUAUCCGACAGGUGCUGAAUGAAUAUUACUGCCGGGGCUAUAAAGAUGCAGUUAUCUUUCUUAACCAUAUGUCUAAGAAUCGAGGAUGUGGCAGAACGCCUAAAAAAAGCCAUGAAAUCUGACCUCAAAACCAGGACUCUGAAAUAAAAAAUUUUUACUUUAAAGGUUUCUCUUAUAUAUUUAUCUAUUUUUCUUAAUAAAAUAUAACAUGUAAACUUUUAAGUCUAAUUUUACCAAAG